AUGUUGAAAAUUGGUAGAAACCUGGGAAUUAGAGCUGGUUCGAUAUCAAGAACAAGGCUAUUGACGAUGAGCAAUAAGCUGAUGCUAGGUUCAAGCUGUUUGAGUAGGAGAGCAUAUAGUGCUGGUUCUAGUUCUAGUAAUAAUGAGAUUCCUGGGUUUGGAAAAAUUGCAUUGGUUGGUGUUAUCGGGACGUAUAUUUUUUAUAAAGCUGCACAAUCCAUUGAUAGGAAUAAGCCAAAGGAAUAUGUCAGUGAAGAUGAGUAUAACAAUGUCAUGAGUGGGUUGAAGAGACGUGUUAGCAUUUUCAAGCCUGAUGAGGUAGAGAUCCAUUUGUCUCCGAUUAAAGAUGUAACCAAGGUGAAGAGAUUGUUUAGGGAUGAUAAACAGAUGAUUUAUAUUGACCCUGCCAAGCUGGCGGAACAGGUCAGACAAGAUCCUGAAGAUCCAUACGAACCAUUGCUUGAGGAACUGGUCAAAAAACAUGGUACAGAGGCUUAUUAUGACCAUUUACCAUUUGGGAUGGCAGCUAUGUUGACGGGAAGAUACAUGAAGGAAAACUGUAAAGCCGGAGAUCGUAUUGUAGUCUAUAAUUUCCCAUUGAAUAUUCAAGAAGCAAUCAAAUUUGAAAAUGAAAUCAGUAUAUUGAAGGACAUCGUGGUUUAUAAAGACGAUCAAUCAAUUGACGGUGUGGUAUCUUAUUACAAGACAGUUAAAAAGGUCCAAGAAAUCUAG